ACUUUAAGACUCACGCUCCCCCCUCCUCAGUGAGAUAAUGGUCUUUUCCAGCUCCGCUUCUUCUCACAGCUGAAUGUGUAACGUGCCGUCAUUUCCUCACCGGUGUGUGAGUGAGUGCAUGUGUGUGUGUGUGUGUGUAAGUGCGUUAGCGUUAGAGUGAGAGCGAGUGCGAGUGCGUGUGUGCGCUCCCUCUCUCCGUCGCUCGCUCGGCGCGCGCGUGUCUCUCGUCUCUCCAUGUGUGUCAGUGUGCGUUGCCCCCCGGAAAUCAGAUGUCACUGACAGUCACCUCCGCGUCCGAUGGUGGAGACCAUCCGCGCUCUUUUGUUCGCGAGUUUGUUUUUUAUUUUUGGUGAUGCCAUCUUUAUCAUCAUCAUCAUCAGCAGCAGCAGCAGCGGCAGCAGCGGUGGCAGCGGCAGCAGCGGCUUGGAGCAGCCGCACCUUCACCACUGGAUCCUCGGCGUCGCUGCCUGUUUGUUCCCCUGAAGAAGCAGAAACAGCAGCAGCAGCGGCAGAAGAAGAAGAAGAAGAAGACUAGGGAUUGUGUUGCGUUUACAGUUUGCGGAGACACUGCGGUUGCCUGGUGCUCUCAUAGCACAGGAAUACAUUAGCCAAGAUGAUGUGCGAGGUGAUGCCCACCAUCAGCGAGGACACGGCGCUGAGCCAGCGCGGCUCGCAGAGCAGCUCCUCGGACCCGGACUCUCACUUUGAACAGCUGAUGGUCAACAUGCUGGACGAGAGGGACCGGCUGCUGGACACGCUGAGGGAGACCCAGGAGAGCCUGGGACUGUCCCAGCAACAUCUCCAGGACGUCAUCUAUGACCGCGACUCACUGCAGCGCCAGCUCAGCUCCGCCCUGCCACAGGAGUUCGCCGCGCUGACCAAGGAACUGAAUGCCUGCAGGGAGCAGCUGCUGGAGAAGGAGGAGGAGAUCUCGGAGCUCAAAGCGGAGAGGAACAACACGAGGCUGCUGCUGGAACAUCUGGAGUGCCUGGUGUCCAGACACGAGCGGUCGCUUCGCAUGACGGUGGUCAAGCGGCAGGCUCAGUCUCCGUCAGGAGUGUCCAGUGAAGUCGAGGUCCUCAAAGCACUCAAGUCCUUGUUUGAACACCACAAAGCCCUCGAUGAGAAGGUACGGGAGAGACUACGGGUGUCACUGGAGAGGGUGUCCGCCUUGGAGGAGGAGCUUACAGCAGCCAAUCAGGAGAUUGUGGCCUUACGGGAACAGAAUGCUCACAUCCAGAGGAAAGUGGCGUCUGGCGACGGAAGCGAGGACCUGCUGGACGGCACUGAAGCUCAGCAGAAGGUCCACAACAAGCGUCUGUCCAACGGCUCGCUGGAGUCGGCGCACGAGGCGAGCCAGGUGGUGGAGCUGCAGGAUCUGCUGGAGAAGCAGAACUACGAGCUGGCCCAGAUGAAGGAGCGCAUGUCCUCGCUCUCGUCCCGCGUCUCCGAGGUGGAGCAGGAGCUGGAGACGGCGCGCAAGGACCUCAUCAAGUCGGAGGAGAUGAACAACAAGUACCAGAGGGACAUCAAAGAGGCCAUGUGUCAGAAGGAGGACAUGGAGGAGCGGAUCGUGACGCUGGAGAAGCGCUACCUGAGCGCCCAGCGGGAGUCGACCUCGGUGCACGACAUUAACGACAAGCUGGAGAACGAGUUGGCGAAUAAGGAGGCGUUUCUCAGGCAGAUGGAGGAGAAGAACAGGCAGCUACAGGAGCGGCUGGAACUCGCCGAGCAGAAGCUCCAGCAGACCAUGAGGAAGGCCGAGACGCUGCCGGAGGUCGAGGCCGAACUGGCCCAGAGGAUAGCGGCCCUCACCAAGUCCGACUCCAGCUCUUCUUCCUCCCCCGAUGAUUAUCACUUUGUUAUGGAAGCUAAACUCCAAGACAUGAACUCCAUUCUUAGGAAGGCGGAGGAGCGUCACGGCAGCAUCGAGGAGCGGAUGAGGCACUUGGAAUGCCAGCUGGAGGAGAAGAACCAGGAGCUGCUGCGGGCUCGACAGCGGGAGAAGAUGAACGAAGAGCACAACAAGCGUCUCUCGGACACGGUCGACCGACUCCUCACCGAGUCCAACGAGCGACUGCAGCUCCACCUCAAGGAGAGGAUGGCGGCGCUGGAGGAGAAGAACGUCUUGAUCCAAGACUCGGAGGGUUACAGGAAACGGUAUGAGGAGUCGAUCCAGGAAAAAACACACCUGGCGGAGGAGAUCGACAAACUGCGAUCGGAGCUCGACCAGUUCAGACUGAGGGCAGGCUCCCUCACAGAACCCACUCUGUCCAGGUCUCACUUGGACACGUCAGGCGAGCUGCGGUUCUCGCUGGGAUCUUUGGCCGAGACGCAGUCGGACCACUACCGCUCGGCCAAGGUCAUCCGCCGGCCGAGGAGAGGUCGGAUGGGUCUGCGUGAAACCAAGGCCAAAUCGCUCGGGGAGCACGAGUGGCGCUCGCAGCAGCUGGGCGUUCUGGGCGGCCACCACUUCGAGAGCGACACGGAGAUGUCGGACAUCGACGACGACGACAGGGAAACUCUGUUCAGCUCCAUGGACAUGCUGUCGCCCGGCGGCCACUCCGACGCCCAGACGCUGGCCAUGAUGCUGCAGGAGCAGCUGGACGCCAUCAACAAGGAGAUUCGGCUCAUACAGGAGGAGAAGGAGUCGACAGAGCUGCGAGCCGAGGAGAUCGAGAACCGCGUGGCCAGCGUCAGCCUCGAGGGCCUCAACCUGGCGCGCAUGCAUCACCACGGCGCCUCCAUCACUGCCUCGGCCACCGCCUCCUCCCUGGCCUCCUCCUCCCCGCCCAGCGGUCACUCCACUCCCAAACUUGACCCGCGCAGUCCGGCUCGAGACAUGGAGCGCAUGGGCGUCAUGACACUGCCCAGUGAUUUGAGGAAACACAGGAGAAAGAUAGCAGCGGUGGAUGAGGACGGUCGCGAAGACAAGGCCACCAUCAAGUGUGAGACAUCGCCUCCUCCAACGCCACGUACCGUCCGAAUGACACACACACUGCCGGCCUCCUCGCACAACGACGCACGAGGGAUCGUGGCGUCUCUGGAGGCCGAGGCCUUGAGUAGCGUCGCCAGCAGCCAAGACUCCCUCCACAAGCAGCCGAAGAAAAAGGGCAUCAAGUCCUCCAUCGGGCGGCUUUUUGGCAAGAAGGAGAAGGGUCGACUGGGGCACAUGGCGCACAGACAUGUCAUGGUGGAUCCACAAGCAACCAUGAUGGACGCUGACAUGGCGGGCCAGGAAAUCGGUGUGAGCAAGCUGGGGACGCAGGCCGAGAAGGACCGCAGGUUGAAAAAGAAACACGAGCUGUUGGAGGAGGCCAGGAGAAAAGGCUUACCUUUCGCCCAAUGGGACGGUCCGACAGUCGUAGCCUGGCUGGAGCUGUGGUUGGGGAUGCCGGCGUGGUACGUGGCGGCGUGCCGCGCCAACGUGAAGAGCGGCGCCAUCAUGUCGGCGCUCUCCGACACGGAGAUCCAGAGGGAGAUCGGCAUCAGCAACCCGCUGCACCGGCUCAAACUGCGCCUGGCCAUCCAGGAAAUGGUCUCCCUCACCAGCCCCUCGGCCCCGCCCACGUCCAGAACCCCGUCAGGCAACGUGUGGGUGACCCAUGAGGAGAUGGAGACCAUGGCAGCCCCUUCCAAAACGAAGUCGGACUCUGAAGAGGGCAGCUGGGCACAGACGCUAGCUUACGGCGACAUGAACCACGAGUGGAUAGGAAACGAGUGGCUGCCCAGUCUAGGACUACCUCAGUACCGCAGCUACUUCAUGGAGUGCCUGGUGGACGCCCGCAUGCUGGACCACCUCACCAAGAAGGAUCUGAGAGUGCACCUCAAAAUGGUGGACAGCUUCCACAGAACAAGUUUACAGUAUGGAAUCAUGGGUCUGAAGAAGCUCAACUAUGACCGGAAGGAGCUUGAGAGACGCAGGGAGCAAAGCCAACAUGAGAUGAGAGACGUGCUGGUGUGGAGCAAUGAGCGGGUCAUUCGCUGGGUGCAGAGCAUCGGCCUGAGGGACUAUGCCAACAUCCUCCUGGAGAGCGGCGUGCACGGAGCUCUGGUCGCUCUGGACGACAACUUUGACUACAGCAGCCUGGCGCUGCUCCUCCAGAUCCCCAAUCAAAACACUCAGGCACGUCAGAUUCUGGAGCGAGAAUACAAUAAUCUUUUGGCUCUGGGCACCGACAGGAGGCUGGAUGAGUGUGACGACAAAGACUUCCGCGGCCCGUCAUGGAGGAGACAGUUCCCGCCCCGAGACGUCCACGGUAUCAGUAUGAUGCCCGGCUCGGCGGAGACGCUCCCUGCCGGCUUCCGUCUCACCACAACUUCUGGUCACUCCCGGAGGCUGCCCCCUGAGGUCCUCUAUGAGGCCAUGGACGGCUGUCCUGACGACAUGUAUAUGGAUUGGUAUCAAGUCGGAACCUCGGCGGUGCAGCGGCUGGACAGCUCCUCGGUGAGAACCUACUCCUGCUGAGAGGAGGAGGAGAGCGACCUUUAACUGUACACUGUGCAGUUCUGAGUGGAGAUUCACUGGGAGGAACUCGAGGACACGGCCGGACGGACGGACCCGCCGAAGAACAAACUAUUCUGACAACACGCACUGCCAAGAAGCCCCGCCCUCCCGCCCUCCUUCUGCUCCGCCCCCUCCCCUCCCCUCCUCCCUGUAACGUAGGCACCAGCUGCCGGUGCUAAAAACCCAGUUCCGACCGUUUCUAAAAACCUUUUACAUGUACAGUAACUUUGUGGCGGCAUAAACGUACUGUGUGAUUUCUUCUACAGGAGAUGUCGUAGGUUUAUCUGUAAAUUAAAUAUAAAUAUGCCGGGUUUUUUAAAAUAUAUCUAUAUAUAUAUAUAUAUAUACAUAUAUAUAUACAAACAAACAUCUAUGUAUAAAAAAAGAAAAACACACACACAUGCGUCCCUGCCACCUCAUUUAGUGGACCAUAGAUUAAUAUAUGCUGCUCUUUAAAAACUGUCUCCAUGUUAAGCCCCGCCCCUUUCCUUCCUUCCGUCCCGCCUCCAGAUCAUUUUGUACAUAUGGUUUUAUUUUUUCAUCGUGCCGACGAUUAUAAAAUGACGACUCCGUGCUGGGACGUUGUGUGAAACCCUGCACCC